GUGCCCACCCGGCCCCUCCCGUGAACACACCUAUGAUUGCCUCUACACCACCAAUUCACUCACCAACCUAGACGACCGGUCGAUCACACACACAUACACGCGUGUUACUAUAACAUUAAUAGUGGUCGGUUACUAAUUAUUAUUUCUCGCAAGCGAAGCGAGCAGUCAUGUAAAAUGGGGGUAAGUAUGUUACCUACUGAUGCAUUUUGUAUGUGGCCCCUCUCGUGGACCUGCCAUCUCUAUCUGAAAUUCUGAACCCUUAAAUACACCACUGCUGGCUACUACUAAGAUAUAUGUUUUACUGUUUUAGUAUCUAAAUAAAUAUUACUUACAUAUAUAUGUUACGGUGAAUGAUGUAAACGUGUUAAAUGUCGUCAUUCCCCGGUAAAUGACGUAAUUUACCUAAAAAUUGAUAAAUGUUGUAAAUGUAGACAUUCCCCGGUUAUUGACAUCAAUCCCCAGUUCAAUUGGAGAAUGAUGUUCAAUACAUUUAUGGGAAGAAUUGUAUCAAAUUUUAAAAAUUAGUGUUGACUUUUAAUAAAUAGUUUUGACUUGAAUAAAUAGUGUUGACUUUUAAAAAAUAGUGUUGACUUGAAAAAAAUGAUGGUUAAAAAAUUGUGGUUUGAACUUGAGUGAAACUUUUUUACGCACUCCGCUCUGGUAUCACAAUUCGCUAUCGUAAUGGAACGCAAUACGACCACUUAACCGACGGUAAGGGGUAACUACCCGGAGCCGAUACGGUAUCAUCACAUUUGUGUCGGUGUGAACGAUCAGUGAUAAGUGUAUACUGCCUAGGUAUUACUGGUAUUAGGUACGCGACAAAGCUUCGUUAGUUAAAAAAUAUCACGAUGGAAGUAGUAAAACAAGCGGAAAUCCGACUAGCCAUAACGCCGAUAAGCCAAUGUUAAAACCUUCAAAUCCUGGACUUCAUAUACAAUUUACAAUGCAAAAUCUAAAGCAAAUACCAGUAUCCAGUAGCUGUGAACCAUCAAAAUACGAGUACAAAAAAUCGUCAUAUACGGAAAUGUUUAAAGUAUUACAUUCCUUACGCCAAGAUGAAGUUUUUUGUGAUAUUAAACUAGAAGCAGAUGAUGGCAAAAUUAUAUUUGGCCACAAAGUGGUUUUAGCAUCGGCUAGUCCAUAUUUUCAUGCUAUGUUCACAAAUUUUGCAGAAAGUAAUAAAGAUCUUGUUGCUAUAAAACACUUAAAUUCUACCGCUAUACAACUCUUAGUAGACUAUAUUUAUUCUGGGGAAGUCGUGGUUACCGAAAAAAAUGUACAGAUAUUGUUGCCAGCAGCAAAUCUAUUGCAGUUACAAGAAAUAAAAGAGGCAUGUUGUGAUUUUUUACGAACACAACUGCACCAUACAAAUUGUUUUGGUAUAAAUGCGUUAGCUGAUUUAUAUAGCUGUAUGGAAUUGUUAAAAAGUUCAGAAUUAUAUACUCAACAACACUUUUCAGAAGUGGUUGAAGGAGACGAAUUCCUAUCUUUAUCAUCUGAACAAGUCAUUAAGUUGAUAUCCAGUGAUAAGCUUAUAAUUCCAUCUGAAGAAAAAGUAUUUGAAAGUGUUAUUCGUUGGGUAAAACAUGAAUUAGAUUCCAGAAAAUGUAUUUUGCCCCAAUUAAUGGAACAUGUACGUUUACCAUUAACGUCGAAAAAUUUCAUAGUAGAAAAUGUAGUUAAGGAACCUCUUCUUAAUAAUUGUCCUAAAUGUAAAGAUUACAUAAUCGAGGCAUUACAAUUUCAUUUACUUAAGUCUGCAGAGGAUCUUAUCAGCAUUCCACAAAACAUCCGGACUAAGCCUCGACAUGCUCGUAGUUCACAUAAAGUUAUUUUUGUGGUUGGAGGGCAAGGGGCUAAAGCAAUUGGUAGUACAGAAUGGUACGACCCACAAAUCAACCGAUGGCAGAUUGGACCAGAAAUGAUAACACGACGUUGUAGGGGUGGUGUAGCUGUAUUAAAAGAUAAUUUUGUGUUUGCUGUUGGUGGUGUUUUUAAAACACUCCAUCAGUCUGUUGAUGUACUUGAUUUAACUUCAGAAUCACCUUGUUGGAAACCAACAGCUGACAUGCUAGUUAAAAGGAAAGAAUUAGGAGUUGGAGUAAUAAAGGAUUGUUUAUAUGCCGUUGGCGGGUUUGAUGGUACUAGUUGUUUGAAUAGUACUGAAGUUUUUGACUGCAAAACUCAAAAAUGGUGUAUGGUAUCCAGUAUGUCUACUAGAAGAUCUGGCUUUGGUGUUGGAGUACUGAAUGAUGUUUUAUAUGUGGUAGGAGGUUAUGAUUCAUCAAGACAAAGUUUAAACACGGUUGAAUGUUAUCAUCCAAGUUUUGAUACAUGGACUUCAGUCGCAGAUUUGUGUGUACGUCGCAGUGGUGUGGGUGUUGGAGUUUUAGAUGGUGUACUGUAUGCAGUAGGUGGUUAUGAUGGAUUAGAAGUUCGUAGUAGUGUUGAAGUAUACAGACCUGCAAGUACAAGAGUUUGGACUACUAUUGCGGACAUGAAUUUGUGUCGAAGAAAUGCAGGUGUAGUUGCAUUAGAUGGUUUAUUGUAUGUUGUUGGUGGAAGAGACGGUAUUUCCAAUUUGGAUUCUGUAGAAUUUUACAACCCUAUUACCAAUACCUGGUCCAUGCUAGAAGCUUCAAUGCAUGUAGCGCGAUAUUUUGCUGGAGUAGUUGCAAUCAACAUGUAAAUUAAUUUAUAAAACCAUGUUUAUAUAACCAUUAUAAUAGGUCAUCACCUUUUACAACUGGAAAUCGCAUUACAUGCUUUUUUAUUUUCAUAUAAAUUAUAAUACAUAAUACUGUUGUUCCUAUAGAACAGGCCGAUUUUGAAUUAGAAAGUAAAAUGAUAAACUGAAAGAAAUGCCACAAAAAAUAAGUACCUAGGUAGUUAUAAAGAUAUAUAUUUUUUUUGUUAAUAUUACUUAAU